UAGUUUCGAAGUGUCACGUGAUAACAAAAUGGUGGAUAAACUAACUUCCGUGUUACGCUCCAAAUCAUAAACUUUGUAAAUAUCUUUGAAUUGCGCACAAAAAUUUAUGUAUUCACAACUAAACAAAGAAUAGAAUAAUAGGCUAUCAUGAAAUCAUUAGAAGCGAAAGUUGUUGUACUCGGAUCUCAAGGUGUUGGUAAAACAAGUGUUGUAAUCAGGUAUGUUGGUGGAAUGUUUAGUAAAGCUGUGAGUCCAACAAUUGGGGCCUCAUUCUUUACCUAUAAACUAAAUGUGGACAAUUAUAGAGUAAAACUUCAAGUAUGGGACACGGCUGGCCAAGAAAGGUUUCGCUCAAUGGCCCCAAUGUACUACAGAAAAGCAAAUGCUGCCAUGUUGAUAUAUGAUAUUACAUCUUCAGAUACAUUUUAUGAUAUUAAAGACUGGGUCAGUGAACUAAAAAGGAAUGUUGACACACCUAUAAUAACAUGUCUGGUUGGUAACAAGUGUGAUCUACAGGAUGGUAGACAGGUGAAGGAGGAAGAUGCCAAAGAUUAUGCUGAUUCUAUAGAUUCUCUAUUCUACGAAACAUCUGCCUUGAAAAAUACAGGGAUUGAGGAAGCUUUCUUAGAGGUAGCUAAAAGACUGAUCAAAUUAUAUGAAACCUCGCCAGGGUCGGGACUACAGUCUCACAGUCCGGAAAAUUCUCCAGAGAAAAAUGAUGAAAGGAUUCAUAUAGAACCGCCUUCUAGACACAAAGGACCGCCUCCCAGUGAACAAAACCAGUCCAAAUGUGCCUGCUAGUGUAGUUAAACUCCACAUUAGUGAAACCAGUCUAAUUUUUUUAGUGUUUGCAUAUCUGCUUGUGUAUAUGGGACCCAAAAGGUCACAUGGAUCAACUAGUCUAAAGUUUAGGAAAAACAAGAUAUUUGAUUGGUUGAUUUUGAAAAGAGAUUUUAAAUUAACCAAUGGCUGAAGCUCAUUUCACCAGACUGUUUCAUAUUUAUAUAUCAUUAAGUUUGGUCAUUAAGAAAUUUUGUCAUUAAGACAUUGUUUUAGUUACUUUUUUAACCAUAUUCACAAUUAUAUAGGCACUAUAAAUAUUCGUAAAUUAGGUUUUACAUGCUACACUGUCUGGGAAUAAUAAUUGAGUGUCUUGCCAUUAAUAUUGAGUGUCUGGUAUUAGUGUUUGGCAAUUGAUAUCAAGUGUUUGGUAUAUAUAUCAAGAGUUAUGCAAUUGAAAAUGAUAAAAUUCAUCAUUUAUUAGGGGAAAUUCAAAAUAAUAAGUGCUCAUUAAAUAGCGCACACAGCAGACCAAAGUUCUGACUAAAUUGCAAACACAGCAGACCAUGUUACAUGACCUUGGUCUACAUUGGUGUUGCAAAGGUAGAUAUUGCAGCCACCAAGUAGGUUAAGGGUUAAUUGAUCUUGCAAGUUCAUGUGCCUUUUCGAGAAUGUCUUUUAGUGAGCAUGUGGGUGAAUGUGGGUGAAUGUGUGUGUGUGUGUGUGUGUGUGGGUGAAUGUGUGUAAAUUGUAAUAAUGUUUUUUUUUGUGUGUUUAAGCAUUGUAGUUUUAAUGUUCAAAGUGUGUUGUUUAGAUUAGUUAUAAAGAUAUUGUUAAAGUAAAAGUAAUUGUACAUGUUAUUGUUAGUGUUAUUUAUAUUUUUGAUAGAUUAUUUUGCUGCUCAUCUCGUGCAAGUACAUGUAUGUGUAUAUAAGCUGCAAUGUACAUAUAAGCUAAAGACACUAUACAUGUAUAUAGGUGAGAAAUAUAAUGAAUAUUUAUUUUUAGAAACAUUUUGAAAUUUGAUCAGUCAAAAUAUUAUUUUGUGUUCAUUAGUGAUAAAGUCAGCAUUUAUUUUUUUUCCAGUUUAAAAUGUAACAUAUCUAGUAGAUACCAAUCUAUAAAAUAUUCUCUCUGAUUUAAAAAAAACACUGAUCUCCGCUGUAGAUUUAAACACUGCCAGGGAUAUUAAAUUUGUGUCUUUUGAGGUUACAGAACAGACCUUAGAUUGAGACUAUAUUGUCUAUUUGCAAAUAAACAGAACAUAAAAACACACAUGUUACAAAUGUUAAAGGGACAGUUAAGCCCCAGAAAUGCUUUUAUUGUCAAAAGCGUUAUAUUCUUUGUAUCCUGUUAUAGAUUGAAAAAAAAGUUACUCUUUGGCCAAUUACCUGAAUCAGCACUUAAUUACUUCUGUUGCUUUUCUAGCAAUAAGUGAAAGUUAUUAUGAUUUAGUAUUUUGCAUUGAAAUCAAAAUACUACUUUGUUUACAUUUUGCUUCUUUUAUGACACAUUAUAUCAUAUUCAUCACAAUUUUUUUAAUUGGUAAUAAGCAUCUAAAAUACACUUAUGCCAGUAUGUUAACAUUACUGGUGGGCUCAUUUUUGCUCUUUCAAAAGAAGGGAUUUUUUUUUUUCUGAGACUUAGUGUGCCUUUAACAUAAUCUUACAUUAUCUGAAAUUUAUACAAAGCUACAGUUUAAUAGUACAUGUAUUUAUAAUGCAGCUUGUUCUUGUACGGUUAUCAUAUUGACCUACUUUAUGAUUUUAAAAAUAUUGUAUUAAAGGAAUAAAUUUUUGGAAUAUUAACAUAACGAUUUAAUAAGAAAAAUAAUAAAAAAACUGCAUUCUUGCAUUAAAAACUGAUGAAUCCCUCAGGAUUUAUAUAAUCUUUUGUCCUGUGGAAUCAGGCUUUAAUGUGUCUUUAUGCUUCUGCAAAAAAAGAGGCAUUGACCCUUUAUUCUGUCUACAAAUAUGAAGUGCCAUAACAUAUGAUAACAAAAAGUGUUGAAUUGUUCUUCUUCCAUUUUAAAUUACCUGCCAUGCAAAUUAUUUAAGGGACUCCACUGAGGUUUUUUGGCAUCAUGAGACUGAAUAUAUUUUUUAUUAAUAUUCCCUCUCAUGGGUCUUGAUAUACCAAUUAAUUAUAGCUUGUGUAAGAUUUUAAGAUUAUUUGCUCACUCCAUUUUUUCAGACUAAUUAUUCUAAUUGUGAAAAAUGACCCAAAAAUUCCCUCAAGCCAGGCUUAAAACAGCACAAAAAUAUGAAUGUUAAUUCAUUUUGAGUACUAUGUCUAUUUCUUAAUUAUCUUUUGUAUAUCCUUCCUGCUUUAAGUGCCCAACUGAUCUAUGUAAGAAAUUCAAUUUUUAUGUUUUUACACUUUUUGACAUCAGCUAUUAGAGUUCCUUUAAUAUAUCAUCCUUAUAUAUAUGCGAUAUGCUUCUGUUAAAUUAUUGAUAUUAUUUUCAAGUAUUCCAGUGAAAUUAUUGUAUAUUGUUUGACUAUUAGAUAUUCAAGAGAUUUUUUUUUGUCUUCAACUUUUGUUUCCAUAUUCAGUACACAAUUAUCAGCACUUUUCUAUGGUGGCUGAUUUGGUAUGCCUUUUGUGUUGUCAGACUUUCGUCUUGUCAUCCUGUCGCUAGCGUUUGGCGCUUUGUCGUGUUGUCGCUAGCCCCAACCCAACUAGAUGCACAAAAGCGUACCAAAUCAGCCACCAUACUUUUCUGUCCUGAAUAAACUAGCUACCCUGACCUACUGAAUAAAAAAAAUAUCUUGUUAUUUGACAGCACAUGCCAGUUAAUAUAACAGCAUUACUAAACUUCCCUGACCUUAUAAAAAAAAUUAUCUUGUUAUUAAAUGACAGCACAUGCCAGUUAAACAAUAGCAUUACUUUUUAUUUGCAUAGGGAACUUAUUCUUUCUGAGCAAUGUUACGUGUUUGUACGAUAUUCAAAGAAAUACUGUGAUGUAAGCAAAGGUUGUGAGAUUUAAUCAGGGUUUUGUAUAGAUUUCUGUGAUUUUAUUUUUCCUCUCUCUCCCUCUCUCUUCACCUUAGUUCAAAUAACUGACGAGCAUUUCACUAACAUUCCAUCAGUUUUGCGUGUCUUUUUAUGUAAAUUUAGACUUGCGCAACACGUAAAUUUACGUUAGUUGCAUUUCACUAAAUAGAAUGUGCAAUUUACGCCAGUAAUAAAUGAGCGUAACAUAACGUUUAAACUUAUGCAAAUACGUGGCUAAGAAAGUUUAGUGAAGCCCAAAUAAAUACAAAGUUCUGCUUACGCAAAAAGUUACUAUCAAACUGGAGUUUGGUUAAGCAAGUAUGUUAGUGAAACGCAACCCUGGUUAGCAGUAGUAAAGAUAUGUCGUCAAAUGAAAGAUGUUAUAAUUUUUGAACCACGCUGUAGUUUAUAGAAAGAUUAAAUGAUUGGUGUAUUGUACAAUGUACGUAGAGAAUAUUGAUUGAGUGUAGGUUCAAUACUGAAUUUACUGAACAAGUUGAAUAAAAUUAUAUAAUGUGAGCCUCUGGCGAGCAUAUUAUUUUAUUCAGCAAUUUCACUAAAUUUAGUAAUGAAUCUACUCAAAUAUAUUAUUCUAUUUAUCAUAUACCAAAAAUUAAAACUGUUCGAAGUGGAAAAUAAUAUAUUUUAUUUAAAACUUCAAUAAAUUCAAUUUUAAACUUGCACUCAUUCAAUAUCCUCUUAUUUGUUGCAAGGUGAAAUAAUUGGUAUACCAUACUGUACUUUAUGUAGACAUUUUCGUUAAUGAUAUUGUAUCAAAACUUCAUCAAAUGUUUUGGGCUAUCCACAAGUAUACCAGUUGCUAUUGCCAUGUAUAUUUAUAAUUUCAUAUUCUAUUUUGUUUUUCUUAUUUGUAUUUUCUGGUACAGGGUGUAUUAUUUUCAUAGGUCUAACACAAGGAAUACAUA